GUAGUUUGAUUUUUCCGCUGACAUUACAACAGAGGGCAGGCUUCACUGAAAACCACGCCGACAAAGUUUGUACAACAGACCUACAGAAUGGAGAUUUCAAUAAGAAGAAGAAUUUGGAAAAAGCAUCUAGAACCUGCAAGGCCCCGUCGCCAGUGCUUUCAUGUUAAUAUUGAGCCUACAAUCAACUCUGUCCCUUUUGCACAAGCAAUGAUUGAGGUGGCAAGUCAAGAGCCCUACAUUGGCAUUGAGCAGUUCAAAAAGAUUCUUAGCCUUCAUGAAAAGAAAGAAGAACGGAUUACUUACUCAAGGGACUUUUUAAUCAGUCUGGCAAGUUGUCCUGAGUCUAGAAAGAGACCAGAGUUCUUACCCAAGCACCCUAUUGUCUUGUCAAAUGCAAGAGACCCGGAGCACCUGUGGAGAAAAAUGUGAUUGAAUUUUGAACAGGAACUGAAAAUACUUCACCCAUAUCAAAGAUGUGACCCUGUGGAUCACCCUUUUUGCCUUCCUUCCUCCCCCACCCUAUUCUAAUGUCUCUUUAUGUAAAAUGUGCAUGUUUGUUUUUAUUUAUCUAAAGCACGUUUGAAGAAGUACAAAAGCAAGAGUCACGAGUUUUUUUGUUUUGUUUUAUAUAAAAAAACUGUGUUGAACCUUUUGUUUAUUUUUUUGAUGUGUGUGCUGUGUGUUUCUACAAUCAACAAGGAUGUACCAUGCAGCUUAUAUUCCAAAGAAUGAGGAUAACACAUCGCUGAGAAGACCUCUGUAAUUACUGGGAAGAACUUAAGUUUGAAGAAAAGGUAAUGAUGUGAUUAUCUGCAAAGUUGCAAGAUAAACAAAGUGCUCACAAAC